GGUAUUACAGAAAAUUAUUGCCAGAAUUAAUUCAGUACAGCUCAACAGAACGACUAUAUAAGGAUUUCGAGUACCAUCCCCCACCCACUUAACAAAAUCACACAGUUCAGACUGUGAGGAGCUGUAGGCUGAACAAAUAUCACACAAGGAUACAGAGGACAUUUUCAAGGUGUCCCCCCUCCCUUUAUUGGCACCAACGGGCCUGUGGAGAGGAAGACAUCUUUUACAGUAAUGCUGCACAACUGCAUGGACUUUCACAGUGCUGGGAUGAUGGAAGGAUAAUAUGAGGAAACAUGGCGCAGGCCUGUCAGAGACACGAUAAACCGAACAGACUGAGGGAAGAACUGAGCUGCAUGCUGGUGGGUGAUGGAGCAGUGGGGAAGACCAGCAUGAUUAUCAGCUACAUCUUCAAUGGAUACAACAGCGAGUACAGGCAAACAGCUUUUGAUGUCUUCACUGGUCUGGUUCAUGUGAAUGGAAUUCAAACUCGUAUCAAACUGAUAGAUACUGCUGGACAGGAGGAAUUUGGCCAUCUUCGUUCUCUGUGCUAUGCCCAUGUGGACGUCUUCAUCCUCUGCUUCAGCCUUGUCAACCCCGUCUCCUUUGACAAUAUCACUUCCAAAUGGAUCCCACAGAUCCGCGCUGGCAACCCAACCUCACCCAUAGUUCUGGUCGGAACUCAGUCAGAUCUUCGCCACAAUGUGGACGUCCUUAUUCAUCUGGACCAGCGCGGAGCCAAACCAGUGCACUUCAGCCAGGCCAGAAGGCUAGCACGCAGGGUCAGGGCUCAUGACUAUGCGGAGUGUUCAGCUCUGACUCAACACAACCUCAAAGAUGUGUUUGACUGUGCUAUAUUUGCUGCCAUUAAGCACAAGCACACUGGCACAAAACCCCAAAAGCUCAACCUGAUUAAACGUUUAAAGACUUUUUGUGAUUGUGGAUGGAGGAAAAUACUCAGAUUCAUCUGACUGGAAUGUAGAGAAAUGAUUGGCGUUUGUUGUUUUGGGGAUUCUGUCUGUGCAGAAUGUGGAUGACAUGAUGACUUAAGUUCAUUUAAAACCUGCUUGACAUCCUACCUUAAGGUCCUGUGAGAAA